CAGAGGGCGUGAGGCAAGCGUGAUCAACCCCUGGAGGCACAGUUGCCCUGUCUACCUCCUCAGACCGUGGGUGUGACGGUUGCUAAGGAGCUGAGUCUUUGUUUGGUGACCCAGAGUUGGACCCAUCCCUAGUGAUACUGAAUCCUCCAGAGCUUAUAGAGUCAGCCCGUGAACCUGUCCAACCAGUUACAUGGGAGGAGGGGGUACCCCCCAAAGCGGCAGCAGCCCAGCCCAGAGAGAGCAGCUGGGGCCCACUGCAGGCAGACCUGGGAGGAAGGACGGCAUCCUGGCCAUGGCGCUCUGUGAGAGACGGUCUCUGCUGCUGAUGCCACUGUUGCUGCUGGUGACUCAGGUCCAGCCUGGGGCAGCUCUGGAGAGCAUUAACUACGUCCCCCAGCUCGCUAACACCACCCUGCUGGGAAGGCUCACACAGUCUACCUUCACCCUGGAGCAGCCCCUGGGCCAGUUUGAGAAUGUCAACCUUUCUGACCCAGACCCCAUCUGGCUGGUGGUGGCUCACAGCAACGCCACCCAGAACUUUACUGCCCCGCAGAAGAUAGAGGACACACAUGCCCCUGCCAGCUUUGACCGCAAUGGCUACUACGUCACAAUGAGGGCCAGCCGGGUACACUACCAGGGCAGCCAGUCUGGCAGCCAGCUUCGAGUCCUCCGUGUUGGCAAUGAUACCCAGUGCUCCUCCACGUCCCGGGGCUGUAACCCUCCUCUUCCAGGUGCCGGCCCCUACAGAGUGAAGUUCCUGGCCAUGAAUGCCACGGGACCUGCGGCUGAGACGGAGUGGUCCGAGGACAUCUAUCUGCAGCAAGCCCAGACGUUCCAAGGAGCCCCAGAGUCCCGGAGCAAGAGUACUGUGAUCAUCAUUGCCCUCUUGUCAAUCUUGCUAGUGGUCUUGCUCGUCCUGGUCAUAGCUGCUUGCUGUUGGAGAAUCCCUGUGUCCAGCCCAGCGCAGCAAGUUCGCAUGAGACGAUAUCACACCCACCGCAUGGACAAGCUUCGAGCCGAGCGGAGUUCCUGAGAAGUUCCCAGGGCUUUCUCCAGGGACCAAGUGGCUGAGCCUGAGCUGGGGCCUGCCUGGAAGUUUCUGGAACUCUAUGGGGGAAAUGCUUUUAGCCCAAAGCUUAUCAGAAAUAAAUUUCCCUACUAUCUUUGUA